CGUAUCCUAAAAUAUCAAAUUUUUUAUUUACGCACGCGUUAUAUACCAAUCGAUAAAGGACAAUCAACGCCCAGCGGAACGUAAAAAUCGAUUGGUGUCUAAACAAUCGAAAUUUAGAUUGAAUUAGGCUACAUGAAACGAUCGACAAAAUAUGAUGAAGAAUGGAAAAAUCAUUAACAAGACCGAAUCCGAAUGAACAUGAAAAACCAGAGGUUGAUUCAUUGGGGAUCUACGAGGGCGAAAGAAAUGAGAAUGGUGAGAGACAUGGAAACGGAAAGACUUUGCUAUCAAAUGGUGACAUGUAUGUUGGUCAAUAUCGUAAUGGAUUUAGGCAUGGCAAAGGAAUCUACGUAUUUAAAAACGGUGCCCGAUAUAACGGCGAUUGGAGAGACGGACAGAAAUACGGGCAAGGGAUCUUUUGGUACCCUGAUGGAACGCGAUACGAAGGGGAAUGGAUAUGCGACGCGAAGCACGGUUUUGGCAGUUAUUAUUAUAUGAACAAUGACAUUUAUGAGGGUUCGUGGAAGGAUGAUUUUCGUCAUGGCAUAGGAACAUAUUUAUACGCUGACACAGAGACGAAAUUUAUGGGGACAUGGAUGGAAGACCGCAUGCAAGGACCUGGACAACUCAUUCAUGCAUGUUGUCAUUUUCAUGGUUUUUGGAAGCUGAAUUUGCCGUACGGACGUGGUUGCUUCACUUUUGAAAACGUGUGUAUGCAGCAUGGUCAUUAUAUACAUGUGAAAGAUCCCAUGUUUGAUGACUCAACUUUGAUAAACACGGAUGAAAUCAUAGUGGAAAUGUCAAUUCCAUCCUCGGUCAACAAAGACGAAGAUGAUGUUUGGUCAAAAAUCGAAGAGGCCUCCGAUUAUCCGGAAGAAGAUUAUCACGAAGAACAUUAUCAAGAAAUGGCAUCGUCUCAGGGCGACAAUCUUUAA